UACACAGAAAAACAGUGAACAUAAUGUCCUGGCAGGCGUCUGUCAUAAUAAUGUCAUUACCGUGAACAGGACGGAAACAUCAAUUUUGGAAUAUCCGGACUGGUAGCUGUAGUAAAACUGAGUUACAUCACUCGUAGUUUUUGUAGCUAGCAACGCUAGCUCAUAUUCUUGUCGGUGAAGAACUGGGGGCUACUCGGCGUUUUGACGAGGCCUCAAUCCAUCGGAAGCCGCAUUCGAUUGUCGUAUUUUGUCCCGUGUUGUGAGUUUAUUUUCCAGCGUUUCCCCACAGCUGUUUUUUUUUUCUGAAGAUGGAUACCGACAAAUUUAACUAUGUCUACAGCUGUGACUUGGAUAUUAAUGUGCAGCUUAAAAUCGGUAGCCUGGAGGGGAAGCGGGAGCAGAAGAGCUACAAGGCCCUCCUGCAGGACCCGAUGCUGCGCUUCUCCGGACUCUACCAGGAGAGCUGCUCGGAUCUGUACGUCACCUGCCAGGUGUUCGCCGAGGGCAAGCCGCUCGCGCUGCCCGUGCGCACCUCCUACAAGGCCUUCAGCACGCGCUGGAACUGGAACGAGUGGCUGCGACUACCUGUGAAGUACCCCGACCUGCCCCAAAGCGCCCAGGUCGCCCUGACUGUGUGGGAUGUGUACGGACCUGGCCGCGCCACGCCCGUGGGCGGGACCACCGUCACCCUGUUCGGCAAAUACGGAAUGUUCCGGCAGGGAAUGCAUGACCUGAAGGUGUGGCCUGGGGUGGAGGGUGACGGAGGAGAGCCAACCACCACCCCGGGACGAACCAGCAGUAGCUUGUCGGAGGACCAGAUGGGCCGCCUGGCGAAGCUGACCAAGGCCCACCGUCAGGGUCACAUGGUGAAGGUGGACUGGCUGGACCGUCUGACUUUCCGAGAGAUCGAGAUGAUCAACGAGAGCGAGAAGCGCAGCUCCAACUUCAUGUACCUGAUGGUGGAGUUUCCACGUGUCAAGACGGGAGAGAAGGAGUACAGCAUCGUCUACUAUGAGAAGGAUGGAGACGAGGCCCCCCCGCUCCUCACCAGCUCUGAAAUCGUCAAAGUGCCUGACCCGCAGAUGUCUAUGGAGAACCUGGUGGAGAGCAAACAUCACAAGCUGGCCCGCAGUCUGCGCAGCGGGCCCUCGGACCAUGACCUGAAGCCCAACGCGGCCACGCGGGACCAGCUCAACAUCAUCAUGAGCUACCCACCGACCAAGCAGCUGAGCUCAGAGGAACAGGACCUGGUGUGGAAGUUCCGCUCCUACCUGACGACGCAGGAGAAGGCCCUGACUAAGUUCCUGAAGUGUGUCAACUGGGCACUGCCUCAAGAGGCCAAGCAGGCUCUGGAGCUGCUGGGGAAGUGGAGGCCUAUGGACGUGGAGGACUCACUGGAGCUGCUCUCCUCCCAGUUCACCAACCCCACCGUCAGACGAUACGCGGUGGCCAGACUGCAGCAGGCCGACGAUGAGGACCUGCUGAUGUACCUGCUGCAGCUCGUCCAGGCGCUGAAGUACGAAAACUUCAAUGACAUCCAGGGUGGCCUGGAGCCAGGGAGCAAGAGGGACAGCCAGGGAGGCCUGGGGGAGAGCACCGCGCUGGGAGAUAUCGACAGCUCUCAGAUUCUGUCAGGCCCACCGGCUCCUCCCAGUGCCCAGAAAGGCAAAGAGGGCACAGACAGCGAGAGCCUGGAGCAGGACCUGUGUACCUUCCUCAUCUCCCGGGCGUGCAAGAACUCGACACUGGCCAACUAUCUCUACUGGUAUGUGAUAGUGGAGUGUGAGGACCAGGACACCCAGCAGAGAGACCCUAAGACACACGACAUGUACCUGAACGUCAUGAGGAGGUUCAGCCAAGCUCUGCUGAAGGGUGAUAAGAGUGUGCGGGUCAUGCGCUCUCUCCUCGCUGCCCAGCAGACCUUUGUGGACAGACUGGUGCAGCUGAUGAAGGCUGUUCAGAGGGAGAGCGGGAACCGCAAGAAAAAGACGGAGCGGCUGCAGGCCCUGCUGGCCGAUAACGAGAAGGUGAACCUGUCGGAGAUCGAGCCCAUCCCCCUCCCGCUGGAGCCCCAGGUCCGCAUCCGGGGCAUCAUCCCCGAAACCGCCACGCUCUUCAAGAGCGCUCUCAUGCCUGCCAAACUGAUCUUUAAAGCGGAGGAUGGAGGGCUGUAUCCCGUCAUCUUUAAGCACGGAGACGACCUGAGACAGGACCAGCUCAUCCUCCAGAUUAUCUCCCUCAUGGACAAGCUGCUGAGAAAGGAGAACCUGGACCUGAAGCUGACGCCGUACAAAGUGCUGGCCACCAGCACCAAGCAUGGGUUCAUGCAGUUUAUUCAGUCAGUGCCCGUAGCAGAGGUCCUGGCCACGGAGGGAAACAUCCAGAGCUUCUUCAGGAAACACGCACCCAGCGACAAGGGGCCCUACGGCAUCAGCUCUGAAGUGAUGGACACCUAUGUGAAGAGCUGCGCUGGCUACUGCGUUAUUACCUACAUUCUCGGGGUCGGUGACAGACACCUGGACAACCUGCUGCUCACCAAGACAGGGAAGCUGUUCCACGUUGAUUUUGGGUACAUUCUGGGGCGGGACCCCAAGCCCCUGCCACCGCCCAUGAAGCUGAGCAAAGAGAUGGUCGAGGGCAUGGGUGGCAUGCAGAGCGAGCAGUACCAGGAGUUCAGAAAGCAGUGCUACACCGCCUUCCUGCACCUCCGCAGGUACUCCAACCUCAUCCUGAACCUGUUCUCUCUCAUGGUGGACGCCAAUAUUCCAGACAUCGCCCUAGAGCCUGACAAGACCGUUAAAAAGGUGCAGGAUAAGUUCCGAUUGGACCUGUCGGAUGAGGAGGCGGUGCACUACAUGCAGAGUUUGAUUGACGAGAGCGUCGGGGCUCUGUUUGCCGCCGUGGUGGAGCAGAUACACAAGUUCGCCCAGUACUGGCGUAGAUGAGGAGGGCAUGCUGGGAAACACUGGACCGAACUGGAGAACUGGGGGGGCUGGAGCAGACCGAGAAAGCCCCCUCGCUUUCCCCUGGAGCACUGGGGGCAGAGGGGGCGGGAGGACAGCCACUGAGAGGCAUUUCAUAGAGCCACCAAACUGGUUAACUGAGGCCAUGACCUCACUGCCAAGGACUGGGGUCUCAAAUGCAGGUAUAGGAAAUGCUCACUAAAUUGCAACGCACUUCACUAUUGAUUCAUUUGUAUAUUUAUAUUUACAGCGUCCCAACGCGUGGAACUGUUUACUUACUGUACCACAACAUGGCCAAAUAAAGUGGAGGUUGAAACUCUGAAAGACUGGGCUGAAGUGGUGAGAUUUCAGUUCGUGUGGGUGUCUGUGACCUGAGAUUUUACAGAUAAACCCCCACAGCGAGCAUCAGUGGUGGAGGGUGUUUAACCCUAAACAUGCAUGUCUUUUUUUUUAAUGUUGGGAGGAAACCGGAGCGCCCCGCGGAAACCCAUGCAAACAUGGGAAGACCUUCUUGCUGUGAGGCAACAG